ACAGAACUGGCCCUGUUGUAAUUUUGCCUUUCUCCGCCCCCUGCAUCACUCUUCACCCCUCAACAUGGAUGCCUCCAAUCUGGCUGAUCAAUCAGAGAGUCCUAUUACUCCGUUACUAUCAACCGAUGUCGGUGACCAGAUCGAGCUAGCAGAUCAAACCACCGUCCAAGAAGCUACAAAAUUAGAAGGCAACAAUAGUACAGUUUUAAUAAGUAGCAUGGAUCCUGAUGUUUUCAACGCUGCAAAACAAGGCAAUCUCGAUGUCCUUAAGGAACAAGGCAAGAAUCUGGACAGAAUGUUGACUGCAACCAAGAACACAGUCCUUCAUAUCUAUACAGCAUGCUAUAGGCACCCAACGUACAAAGAAUCUGAGUAUGAGAUACUCAAGUCAACGAACACUGUGGACGGUAUCCUUAAAAUGUGUCCAGCAUUACUAUGGCAGCAGAACGAGAGUGGUGAUACUGCCCUACACAUUGCGGCAAGAUAUGGGCGUGCUGGUAUAGUUAGAGCUCUCCUCCUAGCUACAAAAACUUAUUAUCAAGGCGACCUUGAGCAAGGCUGUGCGAUCUCAUCAGAAGAUGCCGCCUUGCAGGAGCAAAAACUCAUCAGGAAAACCAACAACAAGAAGAACACAGCGCUGCACGAAGCUGUACGCUUUAAUUACUUUGGUGUGGAAAAAGAUGCCAAAUGA